UCUUUUCUUCUUCUCCUCUCUCUUUCUUCCUUACUUUUGUUUCCCACCUAAGCUUGUUGUAAUAAAGCCUGUACUCGUCCUUGGGGGCUGUGCUGCUAAACUGUGUUAAAUUUGUCAUUAGAGUGUCAGGUAUUUCAUACUUGCUUCCACCCUCUCCCCACUCCAGGUGGAAGAAAUCUCUUGCUGGAGUUUCUUGAAACAAGAGAGGAAAAGUUGUAGCAGGAUAGACUCGCCUUUAGUUUACAGGAGAAAAGUCAGAGGUGGGGUGAGGGGGAAAGAAAUGAUACAGGGCACUAGGCAAAGAAGCCCAAGAACCGCUGGGAGGGAUACGGAUGUCCGUUGCUCUCGCCAUGACUGAGCCCAGCCAAGUUGCUCUCAGUUGACAGUUGAGAGAGCUCGCCAUGGUGUGGCUAUUCCUCCUUCCCUGGCCAGUGGGCUUUGCGUUUAGCCUGGCCAGUCUCCCAGCCCCGCAGCUUCAGGAGAACACGAGUUACCCUCUGCGUUCAGCCCACGGGGAAGGGCGUUUAACUUGUGCGGGUCCUGCACCCUUCUUAAUUUUCAGCCAUGGAAAUGCUAUCUUUAGGAUUGACAUGGAGGGAACUAAUCAUGAACAAGUGGUGGCUAAUGCUGGCAUGUCAAUAUUGAUGGAUUUUCAUUAUAGAAAGGAGAAAGUCUAUUGGGUGGACUUAGAAAGAGGACUUCUGCAAAAAACAUUCUUUAAUGGCACAAAGAAAGAGAUUCUGGGCCAUGUGGAGAAAGGGUUUUCAGGAAUGGCAAUAGAUUGGCUUCAUGAAGAAAUUGUUUGGUCCAAUCAACUGAAAGGAACAAUUGAAACUACAGACAUGAAAGGAAACAAUUCUCAUGUCCUCUUGAAGGAAUUAAAUUAUCCUAAAAAUAUUGUUCUUGAUCCGGUAAAAAGGUUUAUAUUUUGGGUGGCAGGUAAUAUUACUGGCACUAUAAACAGAGCCAGUCUUAAUGGGACUGAUGUGAAGAUUCUAAUGCAGACGUCACAAACAAUUAAAACGAUCUCACUGGACAUCGUUAACCAGAGAAUCUUUUGGAUUCAGUACAGCAGGGCAAAGAGUGACCUUCAUGUUGGCUCAUGUAAUUAUGAUGGGGGCUCUGUUCACCUGUUGAACCAUUUUACACAGUAUCCUUAUUUUGGAAUGUCUCUCUUUGCUGAAGAUAUGUACUAUUCAGAAUGGAAUAUGAGUGCCAUUUGGAGAGCCAAUAAACACACAGGGGAGAAAUUGGUUAAAAUUAGCCUUAAACCAUCAUUUCUACCACCAACUGAAAUAAAAGUAGUACACCAGCUCCUGCAACCAACAGCAAGAAAUAAUACUCAGGAUACUGAGCAGGAAUCAUGCAACUUAAAGAAAGGUGACUGCAGGAUCAAUGUGUGUGGACAGGACCCUAAGUCGCAUCGAUGCAAAUGUGCAGAAGGUUACACAUUAAGCCAAGAUGGGAGGUAUUGCAAAGAUGUCAAUGAAUGUGCAUUUUGGAACCAUGGGUGCACUCUUGGGUGUGAAAACAUCCCUGGAUCCUAUUACUGCACAUGCCCCAAAGGGUUCAUCCUGCUUUCUGAUGGGAAAAGAUGUCAUGAACUAGUUUCCUGUGUAAGCAACAACACUGGUUGCAGUCAUGGUUGCGUCAUGACAUCAGAUGGUCCCGUGUGUUUCUGUCCUGAAGGUUCAGUGCUUGAGGAAGAUGGAAAAACAUGUAGUGGUUGUUCAUCACUAGAUAAUGGUGGGUGUAGCCAGCUUUGCACCCCUCUCAGCCCACUGUCUUGGGAAUGUGAUUGUUUUCCUGGCUAUGAGCUGCAGUUGGAUCGAAAGAGCUGCAAAGCUACAGGACCCCAGCCCUUUUUACUGUUUGCCAACACACGUGAUAUUCGGCGCAUCUACUUUGAUGGGACACAGUAUGAAAGCCUGCUCAGCCAGCAGAUGGGAGUGGUCUUAGCGUUAGAUCAUGAUCCGGUUGAAAAUAAGAUUUACUUUGCACACACAACACUGAAGUGGAUAGAGAGAGCUAAUAUGGAUGGCUCAGAGCGUGAAAUACUCAUUCAGGAAGCAAUAGACACACCGGAAAGUCUUGCUGUGGAUUGGAUCAACCGUAAAUUCUAUUGGACAGACCGAGGGAAAUCCCACAUUGCCAGGAGUGAUUUGAAUGGAAGACACAAUGAAGUGAUCAUUGAGAAAGACUUGUCUCAGCCUAGAGGAAUUGCUGUUCAUCCAAUGGCCAAGAAAUUAUUCUGGACUGAUUUGGGAAUUAAUCCACGGAUUGAAAGCUCAUCUCUUCAAGGCAGUGACCGACUGAUUAUAGCUAAUACUAAUCUGGUCUGGCCUAGUGGAAUAACGAUUGAUUAUGUAGCUGACAAGUUGUAUUGGUGUGAUGCCAAACAAUCUGUUAUUGAAACGGCCAAUCUGGACGGGUCGGGACGCCGAAGACUUAUCCAGAACGAUGUAGAUCACCCAUUUGCUGUGGCUGUAUUCGAGGAUCAUGUUUGGUUCUCUGAUUGGGCUAAGCCUUCGGUAAUAAGGGUGGACAAGAGGACUGGCAAAAACAGGGUAUGUCUUCGAGGCAGCAUGCUGAGACCCUCAUCCUUGGUUGUAAUUCAUCCUUUGGCAAAACCAGGAGCUGAUCCCUGCACAUAUAAAAAUGGAGGCUGUGAGCACAUUUGUAAAGAGACAUUUGGAAUCGCUCAAUGUUUGUGUCAUGAAGGCUUUCAGAAAACCCAAGAUGGUAAAAAGUGCCAGGCUCUGAACAGUCAUCAGACAGAAGCAGCCAGUAAGAUGAAUCUAAGCAAUGGCACAACAGCACCGGAGAAUGCGUUGGGAAGAACAUUGGAAGAUGACAGCAGGGCAGAGCAACAGCCCAGACAUGGACUAGUAGCUGAACUCACGGUUACAGACGAGGAUGGCUGUGCCCCUGUGGACUGUGGUGUGAAUGCUCAGUGCACUUCAGAGGGAAAGGAUACCUGGUGUCAGUGCUUGGAAGGAUUCACCAGGAAUGGAACCAUCUGCUCUGAUACUGAUGAAUGUGAAACGGAUAAUGUGCUUUGCCAGCCAGAGUCAUCUGAGUGCAUCAACACUGAGGGUAGCUAUGUCUGCAAGUGUUUGGAAGGCUACAGUGGAGACGGGUUGAACUGUUAUGACAUUGAUGAGUGUGAAACAGGAGUGCAUAAAUGUGGAGAAAAUGCCAUCUGUAAAAAUACAGAGGGAGGCUACGCAUGCAUCUGCUCUAAUGGUGCACCUGGGUCUGGAUCUGUCUGUCCUGAACCUUUUCAGCCCCGGGAUGACUCUUUCUCUCUCAUCAGAAGCAGGAAUUCAGAGUGUCCACCACCAUAUGACUCAUACUGCCUCCAUGGAGGAGUGUGCAUUUAUGUUUCAGAGCUAGAAAACUAUGCAUGCAAAUGCAUGGCUGGCUACGUAGGAGAGCGCUGUCAGCACAGCGACCUGGAAUGGUGGGAAAUGCGGCACGUGACGAUGACAAAGCAGCAGAACAUCACCGUGGCGGUCUGUGUGGUUGUGCUGGGGCUGCUGCUUCUCCUGGCCUUGGGGGUCACUUACUAUCUCAGGACUAAGAAGCUCCAUAAGAAGAAUCCAACCACCGAGAUGACCAGAGAAUCCACCAUUGCCAGUGCACCUGGAGAGGGUGUGACCCUUCCCAAUCACAAGCCUUCGGUUUGGGUUGUGAAGGAGCAACCAGACAGCAGGGUUGGGAGUCAUCAGGUAUCUUUCACAGACUGUCAGACAACAAAUGGUGGCCAGCCUUCUCCCCCUGAACCUGGAUCUAUGUGUCUGGCAUCUGGGAACAGAGAAAUGCAGACCUUAGAAGACAUGGGGAAAGAUCAAGGCUACCAGCACCAGCUAUCUGGAGGCAAAGAGCUUGGUCCUCAGGAAAUAGAGGGAAGUCCUCCUCAGCUUCCUUCAGGCAGUGGCCCUCUUCAGGGAGCCUCAUUCCCUUGUUCCAGCUAACUAUCUACAGCAUCUGGACCAGAGGACCCAGGAUGUGCUGUGCCAAAUGCCACUGACUCAUUAUGGAACUGGACUUGGAAGCAAGGAAAAGAAAACGAACACUGCUGAUGUAGAAAAUGAAGGGCUUGAAUUCUGUGGUCUCUAAGGUCCUUUCUAGCUUUAAUCUCAUGAGCCUGGAAUUCUAAGAAUGGAAGAAACAUUUCCUAUUGGAAAGCAAAGGAGAAAAAAAGAGCAGGUUCUGCUUAUGCCUCUACACUUGGAAGCCUGGUCCCAGUGUGUCACUGUGCUGGAGGCAAACACGCAGCCAUUUUCUUCUCUUCAUUUUAAAGCAAUCUCACAAAUGAUUCCACUUACAGAUCAGAAGACACUAGAGAACCACUAAGGAUUCAAGCAACAAACCCAAGAGAGGAUCUACUUCUAUAGCCUUGGCUUAAGUCAUGGAUGUACCAGGUUAUCUUUCCCAUAUCGUCAGAAGAAGUGGAAAUGGGUUGAUUCCACCAAGGGUGUCAACAUAGUUUGUUACAGAGUGUUAACAGAACGAUUUCUUUUUCCAGCCAGCUUAAUGCUGUGAAGUGACUUAGUUAUUCCAGUGACUGUUGGGGAGAUAUUGGGGAUGUGUAAUUUAUUUUGGUCAUGAAUCAUUGCUGGUAUUUUUGGAUUUGGGAGCAUAUGGUGAAGAAUAUGGUAUUUAGAAUCUAAGGUGGGCUAUCUCUUCAGAUAAGGGGAUUUGUGUUGUUUGUAAUUAUAAUUUAAAAAUGAUGUUGAUUAAGAUCUUUAACAGUUUUUCUUUCUGAAUCAGACCCUGGGUCUGCCUCAUUUGACCAAGAAUUUUCAUUGUGUCCCAUUUCUUACUGGUUCAUCCCCAACCAGUUCUGAGAAAAGUUCUGAGAAAAGAAAAAGAUGAAUCCUUCUUUGAUGGUUUUUCACAAAAUCUUUUAUUGUUUUUCAGUGUAUGUAAUGUAGAAUUAUAAACUAAGAUCAAAGUUUAUUUUAUUAUGGAGAAUAAUCAAUGGCUUUUACUUAUUUAACAUGUAAAUAAAUCAAUCACAAGAUUAAAAAAGCUUUAUUGUACAUAAGGGUGUUAGGUAUCCAAUCAGAUCCCAGAAGUUAUUGGAUCUAAACUAAUAUCAAUUGCUAAGACUGAUGUUAAAGAGGCAAGAUCUCUGAAAUAAUUGAAAACCAGAUGGAUUUACACUUAGGGCAAGACUCAAAAAACAUAUUUAAUUAAAUUCAUAUUAUACAACCAAAGGAUGGUUAUCGCUGAUAAUAGAGGCAGGCUCAAUCCACUCUGGAUCAUUUAGGGCAUGGGGGCAAUUAUAAAGUUUGUAUAUCAAUCAGUCUCAUUUCUUUUCCCUUCUGCUAUUUGAGCUUUGGUUACAUUACUCAUUAGCACUUAUGAACCAAGGUGAGGAAAUGAGAUAGAACUAACAUCAUUCAGUCCCAUUACUUUCUAUUAGCUCUGGUAGAAGGACUGGUGAGGGAGGAAGAUGACAAUUGUGGAUUAUGUGUGUAUAGCAGUUAUUAUGCUGUUCAUGCCAUUCCGUUAAAGGAGACUGCAAUCAAUUCUUGCCCUAAACAACAGUUGAUAUUUGAGAAAGAAGGUGAUGUCACUAUUAUAUUUGUAAGUGGAAAAUUCAUUUCAUAACCUGGUGUGCCUGGGUGCUGAAAUCUCUAAUGAAUGAAAUCAUAUUAGUGAAAUAAUUACUCUUAUGAAAAAGUUAAAGGAAGAGAAGGUAUAUAUACAUGCAUGUAUAUUAAAAGCUAUAUAUGUGUGUGUAUAUACACAUGUAUAUAUGUGUGUAUACAUAUAAUAUACAUAUAUAUUUCUUUUCCUCCAAACUUGAGUCUUUCAUGAAACUUAAAAAAGCUUAGGUGACUUUUCUUGGUGUUAAUAGCUCUCCUUUUUGGAUUUCAACAAUGAACAGCGCUAUUAUAUCACAAAAGCACCUCUUGUAUUGUCCCUGGACAAAAUUGGUCUAGGAUAUUUUAGACAGCUAGAGAAUGAAUGCUUCCUAUAAGCACUUAAGCAUGAUUUACAGGUAUCAAAAACUGAGAGAAUUUUAGAUUUUAUUUAAAUCAAAUCUAUGACUUAACUAGUCAGAUUCAAAGACAAUGCAGUCAUUCAUGGCCUGAUGCUUUAUGCUUUUUAGCCAGUGUUCCACCCUGCACAUUUAUAUUUAAUUUCCAGCCUCAGUUCUGUUACGGUUUUGUUUUUCUAAGUAUUCUUUUCCUUUAAAGUUUGUUAUUGCUGUUGAAUCAGUUUACAUUUUUCCAGGCUGUGUCUCAAUUAUUUUCUGAAUCUCAGGGUCUUAUUGGAUCCAUGACUGAUUGUAACCCUUAUCAUCUACAAUUAAAAUAAAUGCUCUACUAUCCCUUCUCAGGGCAUUGAUGAAGAUGCUAAAUAAGACUGGGCACACUGCUGUCUCUUGAUAUCACAUGGUUUCAGUUGCAUUUAUUAAUUUUUACUUGUUUUCUUUUCAUUUUGCAUAACUGAUGAUUGUAAAACAUGAGAAAGUGUGAUAGAAAUGCUGAAUAAUAAAUAAUACUAUGAGGAA